AUGAUCGCGAAAUCGUGCAUUAAAGUUGCUACCUCACUUUCGCCUACUUACGCUGCUACACCUGUUGUUACAAAACUUGCUACAAGUAGCUUACAUCGUGUUACACUUAUUCCAGGCUGGUCACUUUCAUGCAGUCACUGAGAUGGUAUUGGUCCGGAAAUAUCAGCUUCAGUACAGAAGAUAUUUGAGACAGCAAAUGUACCAGUCGAGUGGGAUCUCGUAAAUGUUACACCUGUCAAAGGACGGGAUGGAAUUUUUAGAAUACCUUCAAAGUUCGUUCUAUUUGUAAAUUGA